AGAGUAUUUACAAAUCAUACAUGGAUUUCAGUAGUUGUAUAUCAAAUAGUAUAAUCAUUAUCAACCCAUAAUUUCAUAUUAAUGCAUUAUAAAUUCGAUUCAAAUCAUGUUUAUAAAUACAAACAUAUUGGCUGGUUUCUCUCGAUCUGUACACGUAUCAUGUCGACGUCAAAAAGAAAACAUUUCACGUAUAGUGGUAAGUUUCCUCGUAACGACAAGCACAUUUGUAAUAGAUUUUUCUUUCUUUAUUAUUUUUAUAAAAGGAAGAAGAAAGUCACAGAGAUGGAACAUGAUUCUCCACUUUAUCACCCAUUCGUUGCUCUUCUUUUCCACUUUCCACUCUUGUCUUCUUUGUUCUCCUUCUUCUUACUUAACCCAUAAGCCACCAAGCCAAAACAGCUCAACACAUACACACAAAUGGCUUCUCCCCCUCCUCUAUUCUUCUUCUUCUUCCUUAUCUUCCUCUCCGUCGUCUCCGCCGUCAAAUUACCUCUCUCUCCUUUCUCCCACUACACAGACCAAUCACCCAACAACGACGCUCACCUCGCUCUCCGCCGUCUCGCCGAUUCCUCCAUCGCCAGAGCCCAACAGCUCAAACAACCCACCUCCAUCAAACCCCACGAAGAUUCCCUCUUCGCCUCCUCCGCCGCCGCCGUGAAAUCCCCUCUCACUCCCAAAAGCUACGGCGGAUACUCCGUCUCUCUCAGCUUCGGCACGCCGUCGCAAACCAUCCCUUUCGUGUUUGAUACCGGAAGCAGCCUCGUCUGGUUUCCUUGCACCUCAAGGUAUCUCUGCUCCGGCUGCAAUUUCCCGGGCCUAGAUCCGACCCGGAUCCAUAAGUUUGUCCCUAGGGACUCUUCCUCGUCGCGGGUCAUCGGGUGUCAGAACCCGAAAUGCAAAUUCCUAUUCGGAUCCAAUGUUAAAUGCAGAGGAUGCGACCCGAGUACCCGUAACUGCACCGUCCCUUGUCCACCGUACAUUCUCCAAUACGGAUUAGGAUCAACGGCUGGGAUUUUACUAUCCGAAAAGCUCAAUUUCGCGGAUCUAACCGUACCCGAUUUCGUCAUCGGAUGCUCUAUUCUCUCGACCCGACAGCCCGCUGGUAUAGCCGGGUUCGGACGAGGACCCGAAUCGCUUCCUUCGCAGAUGAACCUCAAGAGAUUCUCGCAUUGCUUGGUCUCCCGUAGAUUCGACGACACGAACAUGAGCACCGAUCUGGAUCUGGAUACCGGGUCGGGUCAUAAAACCGGGUCGAAAACUCCGGGUCUUAGCUACACCCCGUUUCGAAACAACCCGAACGUCUCCAACAGUGCGUUUCUUGAGUACUACUACCUCAGUCUCCGGCGAAUCUUCGUCGGAAGCAAGCGCGUGAAGAUUCCGUACAAGCUCUUAGCGCCGGGACCCGACGGAAACGGAGGAUCCAUCGUCGAUUCCGGAUCCACGUUCACUUUCAUGGAGCGACCCGUUUUCGAGCUCGUUGCUGAGGAAUUCGCGGCGCAGAUGUCGAAUUACAGCAGAGAAAAGGAACUGGAGAAGAUCACCGGACUUGGGCCGUGCUUCAACAUCUCCGGCAAGGGAUCAGUGACGGUGCCGGAGUUAACGUUCGAGUUCAAAGGUGGAGCGAAAAUGGAGUUGCCGUUGUCUAACUACUUCACGCUUGUCGGAAGCGUUGAUAACGUUUGUUUGACGGUGGUUUCUGAUAACACCGUUAGUUCCGCUGGUGGUCGGAGUGGUCCGGCGAUUAUUCUCGGGAGCUUUCAGCAACAGAACUAUCACGUGGAGCAUGAUUUGGAGAAUGACAGGUUUGGGUUCGCGAGGAAGAAGUGCAGCCCGUGAGUUUCCAGGGGGUGGAUUUGGAAAUUUGACUCUUAAAAAUCAAACCAAUUUAUGAUUUAAUUUCUUUUCCAGAUAUAUAAAGUUGUUAAAUGUUUAGUAACUACGAGAAAUAUAUGAGAAAUUAUAUAUUUAAAAUCAAACCAACAUAUAAAGUAGUAAAAUUUUGAUUUGUAA